UAGGAACGACGCUAGGACAGCUGAUAUAAGUGUUAUGAAAUACCACGGCAGCCAUUGCAUAGAAAUUGUUGGUAAAAUUACGAGAAUUGGUCGUGUUUAAGUGAGCCUCCGAGGAUAUGGCAACCUCCUUGCAGUUGACACGGACGCCAUCUGGCAGACAUCCUUAGUAAGUGCAAUUUGCAUUUUUCUAUAAUGUUCUAUCUUGACCGUUUUUACCAAGCUUUUCCCGGCCAGUUUUAUCAAUAUUUUGCUUGUCUUUGGGUCAGCGUUUGCCAAGAGAGAAUCAAUUCUUAUAAAAUAGUCGCUAGAAACGAUGGAUUCUUAAGGAAACUUUGCAAAUCUGGGGACUUUCUCAAAUAUAACAUAUAUUACAUAUGGUAAUGACAAGUGCAGCACAGCUGGGCAUAUUAAAGACAUGGGGUUAUAAGGUAUCAAGGUAUGAUAUGAAUACAAAAAUGUCUGAAAAAUCUCGACUUUUUCAGUCUUACUUUUUUCUGCAGCAAUUUUCGAAUGUGGGUUUCCAUUCAUGCGUGGAGUGCAAACGAGUUCUAGCUUUAUGCUGCUAUAAUAAAUUUUUCCUCAUACGAGAAGAGUGCUUUCCCCUGUUUGCCAUUGACAUUGUAGUUUACCUUGUUUAAAGCCAGCAGCAAUUCGAUGUUAUUGAAGAAGAAAUUUAUUUAUCUACUUCUUGAUAUUCUGUUUCUUGAGUCUGGCACAUGGCUUAUCAAUGUCAAUAGGUGAAUCUUUGCCGGGAAACUUAAGCUGAGCAAUUCCUUGUUCGAUAAUCGUUGCAUAAUGCUUUAUGCCUUUUGAAAUUUUAGAAGAACAUUACAUUAUUUGGAAACAAUUCAGGCACAUAGAUAACUUAGUUGUACUCAUUUUAAAGAAUUAAAAGUGGAAUAGCAAAUGGCCACUCGUCUCACAUGUGACUGAGGUGUGAUUAUAAUCAGAGCAUCUUACAACAGUUGAACUAUGGUCGCAAAGACGAGAGGUUAAAAGACAUGCCAUAUCUGUGCCAGACACAGGCAUCCUUUCCUUGUUUAAAACACUGUGGGUUCGCAACAGAAACUAUUUCUAUAUCUCAAUUGCAAAUAUUAUACUACGAUUUUUUAUAGUUUUUUAUAACGUUAUAUAUGAAAGUUUUUUAUAUAAACUUUCAAUUUUGCUUUUACUAAUCUUCAAUCCGCAAACUAAAUUGCAUAUAUAUUGCACAAAUUUGUCUACCAUUUCUUCAAUCACAAUGGAACAGAAAGAAUCCGGUCUAUAGACUAGUAAGAUUAACUUAGUUUACAUUAUCAAUUUCAGACACUAGGUUUUCGUGUUAUAAGCCUAUGCGUAAAAAAGUUUGUCUUUUGUCUGCUUUGUCUCGUUAGUAUUUGAUUAGUGUUCAUGAAUACUGAAUGACAAUGUUUAUUUUGAAAGAAAAGCAUUAUUUACAUUGCCGCGUGAGCUAAUUUGAUGGAAAUUUUUCUGUUGUAUUUUCAUUGCAGUAUGUCUCGUUGGUCGAGAAAUGAACCAGCUUCGUCUAUGAUGUACCUCGGAAACAGUGACCAUUGGUCCAAGUUAAAACACAGGGUAACUAAGCUUUAUGAUAAAUUUAUGCUAGAUUGGACGGCAGAAUAACUUUAUCAGCUCUAAACUCUUCUCCAACAUGUUCCUCUUAACCGAAGUCCAAUUAGGACCGUAGCGAGCGAGGGGUGUACGGGGGUAACAUCCUCCCACAAUCUUCAUUCUUGUGCAAUUUCAGGUAAAUUUCUGUAAAGUGACGUAUAGCAAGUGAACACAAUAAAUGUUCAAAUAUUCAAAAUUUUCUUGGGGGCAUCGCCCCUGAACUCACCUCCUACAUUUAGCCCCCAUAUCUCAUUGUACUAAUAAUAUACUCUCUCGAAAGACUAACACAAACUACUUGAUGGUACUCAUGACAAAACUGCACUAAGUUUCAGAAUAUCAACAUUUUGUUGACGUCUCACUCGAUUGAAUAAUGGUUGGAGCGUUUUGUAAAUGGAACUUAUCGAGUGGAAAUUUGUAUACAUUUAUUACACCUAUAACCAGGAACGAUUGCAAUUUCCACUCAAUAAUCCGUUUCCAUCCAGUAAACCUUCCAACUAUUAUUCAAUCGAGUGAGAUGCCCGACAAAAUCUAGAUCUUGAUAUUUACCCAUACCUUGACAUGGCACUGAUGGCAGUACCUUAUAGUAUAUAUACAUGGACUUGUGGUUAGAGCUCGACAAUGGCCUCUGUAGCUCAGUUGGUUAGAGCGCUGCUCCGAAAUCGCAGGGCCGCAGGUUUGAUUCCUGCCAGGGACCUAUAAUUUCAUUUUUUACAGCUGUUCCUGCAUGGUUAGGCCUGAUAAAUGUAUAUGGAAUGGACCAUUCCCCAAUUAACCAAAAUUUUGAACUCAACAAGUCUAGACAAAUAUUUCAACACAGCUUGAAAGAGCAUCACAAAAUUAGUAAUAUUCCAAAGUUUCGUUGCAAAAUGUUGUAAAAUGUGGAUAAUAUAGCCUUGCGAAGUUUGCAAUUUUCAGUCAUUUUCGAUUACAAACGGGAAAUGGUUACCAUUUCUGUGCGUAAUACAAAAUGACUGAAAAUUACAAACUUCGCAAGGCUAUAUUAUCCGCAUUUUACAACAUUUUGCAACGAAACUUUGGAAUAUUACUAAUUUUGUGAUGCUCUUUCGAGCUGUGAUGGAAUUUUGUCUAGACUUGUUGAGAUCAAAAUUUUGGUUAAUUGGAGAAUGGUCCAUUUCCAUUCGAUAACUUUCUGAAACCCUCCAAGUAAAUUUCAGACACUGUUUUGAUAUAAUUAUGUAAAACGUAAUUUGCGACGUCGCUGGGUCCAGUGCAUGCAUACAGGGGUAAACUGACUAUAGCCCUAGACACUUGGAAAAAAUCCUGCGCUGUUUGUGCGAAUCAUUUUAACAAAAUAUGAACACUCCACGACGUGAAAGCGGUAAAAAGAGAAUAAAAUUUAAAUUUGGCGGCAUGACAAAAUACGAUGGCGAAAAUUAAGCGGUGGAUUUUGGCCUUCGAGAUUCAGAGUUGGCAUGGACUAAUUGUCAACUGCAGACGUUAUAUAUGCUCAUAUUAUCUCAUUCAUCACACAAGGUCUUCUUCGACCGAUUUGAGGCUGCCUUUAGUUAAAACUGAUAUCAGCAAAGCUAAGAUAUCCUAUAGAGGCGCAAGUCUUUUCAGUUCCUUACCUAGCAAUCUAAAAACUAUUGAAAGUUAUACGGUUUCAUCUUUCACAAUAAAACUUAAAGAAUUGUUUCUCCAACUCAACUCAACUACAAUGUCAAUGUACAACAUGUGGACGAAUUUCAGGGACGGAACUACCGAACUAGACGCGAUAAUUGGGGUGGGGUGGGGUGGGUGUAUAUUCAUAUAUUCAUGUUCACAAAGCGUAAAAACAAUCGCUUUCAAAAGAAAUCCGUCGGGCAGAACACAAAUAAUAGAGAGGUUAAGAUACCCCGGUUUCGGUGUACGGGUACCGGUAGCAUGAUUUUGGUUAGCAAUAUUUUCGUCGAUGUCUGUACCUUUACUCGUAAUUAAGAUGCACAUUUUUCCCAUUAUAUCAUUGUCUUAUUGCAAGAAAACAGAAAAAGUAUGAUUGAAUUACAGGCAUCAGUAAAAACUAGUAAACAAGAUGACACUACUCGUACCCGUACACCGAAACCGGGGUAUCUUAAACUCACUAAUAUGAAUAUGCUCCCUCCCCCAAUUAUCGCGUCUAGUUACGGCCCUGACGAAUUUUCCUGCGCUAUAUGCAAACAUGUUGUGCUUUGUCAAUGCUUUGGUAUCAGGUCAUAAACUCAUGUAUAGUCAUAUAUAUAGUUAGAUAGAAUAUCUUUAUGAGGAACAUAGGGGAGAAUACGUUAGUGGUAACUAUGUAAAUAUUGUUUUUUCCCUGUUUAAAUAAAGCAUGUAUGUAUUAUAUCACGAACAAACGUGUAACCACAUAUUUCGUUCUGCGCAACCAUCAGAGAUUGUUAUGGCUUUUAAUAUGAUCUCAAAUCCUACUGUUUCGAACUGGUACCCUUCCCGAAAUUAACGUUGUUCACUUAUGGCAGUCGAUUGAAGGUUCAUCGAUGCGCUCCCGCCUAUACAAAAACAUUAAACACGGUACCAAACCACAUGACCCAAUUGCUCUUUAAUGAUUUGAGUGUGGUACAAUUCUUAAUGGUUUAUUUGACUGUUUCCGGGAAAUAUCACGUAGGUCAAGGUUCCGUGAAUUUGAAAGUUCACAAACAUCUGGAAUGCGCGGUUUUGUUUAUUCACAUAUUUCCUGUUAUCAAACUCGAAUUAACAUUCCAAAACUCAUUAGCAAUUGAUGCGCAAAACAUAAAGGAUAUCAGAUAAUACUUUGAUAACCCGCAAUCAAGGGGCAACAUAUAACGUAUUCACAGUGACGUCAACAUUGAAGGUGUGGGGGGGAGGGGAUUUUCUUGAAUAGAAUAUCGCGGAUAAGAUGAAUUUGCACACGCGCUUAUAUUGUUACUGCGUGCGUUAAUAAUGACAUAAAAUUGAUAACUGCUUGUGCAAUUUUCUGCAGUCUAAUGUUUCAUGUUGUCUGGAUAUGUACUUUCUUUGGAGACACCAUUUGCUUCCCGAUAAAUCGGAAAAUAAUCAAGAUAGUGACUCUGAUUGAUUUACUAUAUUGACAUAUGACUGUUGACAUUACUCAGUUUUUAGUCUUCAACAGGGUCUUCAAUAUUUGAGUGAGUCAUGCUUUGGAAAUGACAAUACAUUUUUAUUACCCAACCCACGAGUUGUUUUAUUUUUCAGUUACCCAACACUUUUCUCUUCAGUGCCACCCCAGCCUGUGUUCCAGUCCACUACACAACUGUGUAAUGAACUGGAACACAAUCCUCCAUAAAUAAUGCCGCUCGAUUCCUUGAAGUGAUUUUAAAACACUUCUCUAUAACACCUCGUAUUUCAACACACUUUUCAUAGUUUCAAAUUAGCCCGUGGUAAAUUCCAGGCGCCUGCCUUUUGAUAUCAUUUUAUGCGAUUGCUGAAUGGAAUUUUUGUAAAACAGAUUACAAUGGCUAUUACUUGUAAGCCUUAAUUGCAUCCUUGAAGGAUUAUUGAAAAGAGAAAAUUUGGUUCCUAGGAUGUGAAAAGUAAAAUUCUAUAUGAAUGCACGUUUAGAAAUACCAUAGUGACACGGUUAAGCUAAGUAAGGUAUAUAAAAUUAAAAAAUCAAAGUUGUACAAUAUUAAAUUUUUACAAUGCACGUCAUGGUAUCUAUAAUUUAUGUCACAUGGCCGGAUGUAAUUUGGUAAAUAGGAUUGUUAAAGAUCGCUUAAGAUUAAGGGGUAUAAUGGCCUAAGUAGAUGCUCUUGUGCGUUCAGUAUUCGAUACGCAAAUUUAUUCUGUCGUAUUAAAGGACAUUGGCAAUAAAAAAUUAGUAUGUCUCAUUCAAAAGAACUCUUAAAAUUAUAUAUUAAACUCUAUUACCAAUUUGUCAUAUCUUGCUUAGUUCUCGAAAUAUUUAGACCGAAAUUAAUGAGCUUUCCGCAUAGUUUAGUAUCAACUAUAAAACACCCAAAUAUAUAAACUUGUAAUGAAUAUUUUUAUAAAAUGUAUUUAACAUACCAUAUAUAGGCGGCCAUUUUGACGCUGAAAUACGAAGAUGGUGACACUGGCGUUGCAUUCUGGACCGACAAUGAACCCUACGAAGAUAGUAAGUUGAUUUAUGAAAGUUGUUGAAUUGGCUCGAGUUCACAUGAAAUAAUACUAACAGUUUGGGAACUUCAGCCAACGGCAUAAAACAAAGCCUAACUUCCUUCUUUUGCCAUUUGGGCCAAAGCGUACAUUAGGCUACUUAGCUACUAAACUUUAUUUACCUCUUGAAAGAACUUGUGAACUAUUUUGAACAACGCAUAAGUAACAAUAGCAAUAGUCGCCGUGAAAUCAUAUAAAACAGUCCAAACUGCAAAGGACUUCGAACGUAACUGUUAGCGUGGUUAUGAGCUGUGAAAUGAUGUAAAUAACGAACAACUACGACGUACUAGAAUGCUCAGGGUUUCCCAUGUUUGAAAUGUGUACAAAGCUUGAAAAUCUUUGGUUUGCCUUUUGUGAACAGAGCAAGAACUACAGUAUACCGUCUUCAAUUGCGGGAACCAUUGCGUAUUAUACAGUGUGUAUAAAAAAAACGCAACCUCGGAAUUUCCUAAGAAAUCCACUUUGCAAUCUUAAGCAUAAAAGAUUUUAGGCCCCUGGAAAUUGAAAUCGAUUUGCUAAAUACAAUGUGUAUAAAAAAACGCAACCUCGGAAUUUCCUAAGAAAUCCACUUUGCUGAUUCUUAAGCAUAAAUGAUUUUAGGCCCCUGGGAAUUGAAAUCGAAUUGCUAAUAUAUCAUAUUGUUGUUGUACUGUACUUGUUAAAUAACGUAUUAAGGCGUCAUUAAAUAAAUGCGUAAAUUUUGCUUUAUACUGUACACUCGCGUGUGCAGUAAUUUUGACAGUUGUGCUAUUUUAAAUUCCCAGGCACCCUAAAAUCUUUUGUCCUUAAAACAAUGUCGAUUUCUUGGGAAAUUCCGAGGUUGCGUUUUUUUUAUACUGUACACCCGGUACAAGGUGCUCAAUAAAGUAUAGCCUUUGAAAUCAAGCCUUUGUUGGAAUUUGAAUGCCAUAUUACAGUGUUGAACCGACGGGUGCCUACGACAGAAUACAGGGUGAUGAAAAAAAUGUACACCCUUUCAAAUUCAAAUUAACCGUAAUAUAUUGUAGUAAUUUGACAGCCGUAUAAUUUCUCGAAUUAAAGCUGGAGUAAUACGAGCAACAAAAUUGCUGCAACUUGCAACAAAAUCUGAUUUCAACGCAUGUUAAGUAGAAAUAUUGACACAUGUUGCCUCCUGAUUUGUAAUGUGUGUGUGUGAACAUUUUCAAUUAACAUGCGUUGAAAUCAGAUUUUGUUGCAAGUUGCAGCAAUUUUGUUGCUGGCAUUACUCCACCUUAAUGAAUGCGUGAAAACACAAGGUCUUUUGCACAUGGAAAUUUAGGAUAACUUCUAUUUGUAUGUGAAGUUGUGAACUAAUAUACAACUCAAAGAAAAAUGUUUAAAUUAAGCAUUAUUCAAGUCUGCAAAAUGGGCCAGCUUAUACUGCAGAGCAACGAAUAUUUAAAAGUUAUGGCUAAUUUGAAUUUGAAAGGGUGUACAGUUUUUGAUACAGCCUGUGAAGCAAAAACCUUUAAAAAACUCAUUGAUAAUUCAUGAAGAAAACACAAAGAAAAAUCAUAAGCGUGUCGUAUCUGUAUAUGUGAUACAGAUUCACGUUGAUUUACAUAAACUUUAACAUUGAUUUUCUCGGCUUAGACAAAAUUUAUUUUUAAAAUUACAUCGCCAAUGAACUCAUAAGAUGAGUCGUUUUUUAAGUUGUUUACAACAUUCGCGUCCGUGUUGUACCGGAUAUACAAACUCUCGCCUUCGGCUCGAGUUUGUAUAUCCGAUACAACACGGCCGCUCAUGUUGUAAACAUUACAUCCAAUACAAUGUAUAUAAACAUAUAUCUACUCUCAAUUUAGCGAGCCGAUCGAGAAGUCAACUUCUGAGACGUGAACAUCAACAGAACAACAAACGGCUGUCGUCGAUCGGAAACAAAACAUUCACGGAAACGAUGAUUCAGAGUUUGAACGGCGAGAAGCCUGGACAUCACACAUUGUACAGAUAUAAUAACAAAGAUGUCCUGCGCAGCUCAGCUAACGACAGGGCGCGCGAAGGAUUUCGGUAUUGGGUCUUGGAGAAGCCCAUUCACAAAGGUUAGAUCAUAGCAAUGCUGUUACUACAAACGCUACUAAUUUAAGGGCCUUCGCUCGAAAAUUCUGCGCUUAUAUUGUCAGGUAGGUAUAUCCCUUUCAAUGCGCACCUGCAUGGCCGAAAAUCAUGGACAUGAUUAUUCUGUUUCCUUACUAAUCAUACAGAGGGCAAAAUUACUCAGAUAUUAUUGGCUAAUGAGGAGGGCAUUUUUUCUUGAUUCAGGGCAAAAUUACUUGUACCUGAUUGGCUGAAACGCAAGCGCGGGAAGUUUGUUGUUUUAAUUAAUAGCAAUAAAAACAAUGGCUUCUCGCUUUGUCGUCGCGGAUAAUGAUGUUAAUGAAGAAUUAAAAACUUCUAGUGAAAACUUGAACACUAGAAAAAGUACAAAUUUAUUGGUUGGAAUAUUUAAGAAAUGGGCAGGCAGGGCAGCAUUAAGAAACGUCGGUGAAGACAUGGAGACAUAUACGAGAUUCAAGGACUUGACAAGUUCACAAUUAACUUACGAAUAAAUUUUGCCCUCUGUGAUUAACAAGUAAUCGCAUAGUUCCUCGUAAAAUUAAGGUUUAAUUUCACUUGUGUUUUCAAAGUUUCACAAAUUGCCCUCGUCGCUUUGAAAACACGCGUGAAAUUACACCUUAAUUUUACUCGGCCCCGCAUGCGAUUACCUACUACUAAUUUGAAUAUAUUAAUGUUGAAAUAUGGCUCCUGCAGUAAGCUAAUUUCUCAUCCAAUUUUCAUCCAAAUUGAACCAAAAUCAGUUAAUUAAUUUGUCCUGGGACUAUUUCUGUUAGCCCCGCAAAUUUUCGUAUAAAUACGUUGGGUAUUGUUUGAGUUAUCGUACUGACAGACAAACACACCAUCACACAUGCAAACACGACGGACCUUACAGACCUCUAAGGGCGCUUUCCAUUUAAUGGCCUGACCCGAAUUAUUUUCUCUGUAUCAACGGAAAGAUCUGGUCUAUGUAGCGAAAAUGGACCUCAUUCUAAUGUUAUCUAAAUUCUCCGGUCAGAUAGGUCCGAAGCCCAAAUAUUUUGUGUUCCAUUGGCAAAAAUUUGACCCUGUUCUGGCCCGUGUUAAUGGUAAGCGCCCUAGGAAGAACAGCUUAUAUACAUAGAUCUUGUAAAAAUGAAGUCAAUCUAGUUCAGUUAAGUUUGUCGUAAUCUGAUAUUAAACCAUGUUUUUCUAUAUAUUACAGGAGGAAAAUACACAACGGGCGCAAGGACAUCAGUCCUAGGGCUUGGAAAGUCUUUCUUCCCGUAAACGAUGCUUAACGAAGCGUUUGUGUGAAUAUAAGAACAACUAUAUGUUGUUUGUGUGUAUAUAAGAGUGAAACAACAAGGGCUAAUAGUUAAUACCAUCAGCAAGGGCACCACAGUCGACCACAGACUAUAGUUGUCGACGACGUUGUUAUUGUUGACGACAAAAUGUUGUCGACGAUUAAAAUCAGGUGUGUGACAAAAGUUGUCGACUAGAAACUUGACUUUUAGUCGACAAAGGGUUUUUCUAGUGAGUUAGGAGUAGCUAUCGCACAAAACUAUUAAUAGUGGGCAAAUAAAAGUUGUCCGACAAAAAGCUAGCUGUCAUCGACAACAAGUCACCCUACUAAUAGUCGGUGGAGACCUUAAAAGAGUGCAUGAUCAGAUGUCAGCUCAAAUUGGCAAAGACAUUCAAUUUAAAUUAGAUUAAGCAUUGCAUUUAGAAAAUAUCUUAUUGACGUUGUUUUAAAUGUUCUCCUGAGGUCGGUUGUAUAAAAAGGUAUUUAAAGUUAAUUAACUACAGUUAGUGCAAAAAUUAACCAAUCACAUAUAAUUGUGUAUUUUUGAGUAAACUACAAAAUUUAACUACAAAAUAUUAGUUAAGAAGUGGUUAAGAGGUUUUAUACAACCGGCGCCUGUUUGCACAUUAUGAAUUACAGCAUUGUCGUGGGAAUAACACUUCUUUUUUGGGAAUCAAAAAUCUCGGAAUCUUUGUCUCAGCAGAGUGUUAAUGUUUAACAUCUUUUUUUCUCUGGUUAUAUAUUUAUGUAUAAUAAUAUUUUUAUAUUUAUCUGCAUGCAAAACAGUUGUUAAUUUAAAGUAAUAAUUAUUAGAAAUGUCAGUCAAUAGAGGCAUUGGUG